AUGUCAGCUCUCAAACGCAAGGCCGCCGCAGCAACAGGAGGAAACGACUCGAAAAAGCCUAAAGCCGACGGUAACAUUGCAUCCUUCUUUGGAGCCGCCCCGAAGCCUGCUGCUACUUCCAAUUCCUCUUCCGCCCCAGCCGCGAAGUUUGACAAGGCCAAGUGGGUAGCUUCUCUUAAGCCGGAGCAAAAGGAGCUUUUGCAACUUGAGAUUGAUACUCUCGACGAAAGCUAUCUUGCACAUUUGAAAGAUGAUCUCGUGGGCAAGGAGUUCCUGGAUCUGAAGCGAUUCCUGGAACGGGAAUAUUCUUCAGGUCGCAAAGUGUUCCCACCUCAAAGCGACAUUUACUCAUGGUCCCGUCACACUCCCUUCAGCAAUGUCAAAGUUGUAAUCGUGGGUCAAGACCCUUAUCACAACGAUAACCAGGCCCACGGGUUGGCAUUCUCUGUUCGACCUCCGACUCCUGCCCCGCCGUCUCUCAAGAACAUGUACAUCGCUCUCAAGAAGGACUACCCCACGUUCGAGCCACCGCCAAACCGAGGAGGUCUCCUCACGCAGUGGGCAGACCGUGGUGUUCUUAUGUUGAAUACUUGCCUCACGGUUCGCGCCCACGAGGCCAAUUCGCACUCCAAUCGAGGUUGGGAAAAGCUCACACAAAGGGUCAUCGAUCUCAUUGCUCAAAAGAGGACGAGGGGCGUUGUCUUCAUGGCAUGGGGAACACCGGCUGGCAAGCGAGUGCAGAAGAUCGAUCGCGUGAAGCACCUCGUACUACAGAGCGUUCAUCCUAGCCCUCUUAGUGCUUCUCGUGGUUUCUUCGAUUGCAAUCAUUUCAAAAAGGCCAACGACUGGCUCGUAUCACGAUACGGACCUGAUGGAGAGAUAGACUGGGCAUUGUGCCCCGGUGCAUCCACCAAAGCUCCCGUCAAGGAGUCUGAUGAAAAAGAAUCCAAAGUAGCCGAGAAGAAGGCUGAGGCUAUUGAGAAGGCCAAGCCAGAGGUGGUGAAGAAGGUUGAAGAGAACAAGGAGAAUGAAGUUGACUUCGACGAAGACGAAGAGGCCCUGGAGGAGGCUCUCAGAUUAGCUGAGGAAGAGGAGAAAGAAAAGGAUAAGUAG